AAGAGGGGAGAGGCUGCAGGUCGGGCAGUCCAUAUAGUUGAGCCCUGGGGUGGAGGAUGAUCGGUACAGCGCAUGUGAAACUCUCAACAAAGAUGUAGGCUACUGUAAAAUGUCACAAGGAAGUACUUGAGUUCCUAAUUAAAACGGAGUCCAGGAUGCAGCAACCAAAUGAGUCCAGUGAUGGAGUGUCCUUCAGGAGCUGUAGUCUUUUGAUUUUCCUUCAUGUCAUUCUUUUGAUACAGUCCGUUGGAGGUGCUGUCUCCUCACCCAUCAUACAGGUUGUCUCAGAUAACAGUGACAGUGUGGUGUUACAGUGUGAGUCUGCAGGCUGGUAUCCAGAGCCUGAGGUGUUUUGGCUGGACGGUGAGGGAAACCUCCUCUCUGCUGGACCUACAGAGACAGUCAGAGGUCCUGAUGACCUCUAUACUGUCAGCAGCAGAGUGACUGUGGAGAAGAGACACAGCAACAGCUUCACCUGUAGAGUCCAACAGAAGGACAUCAACCAGACCAGAGAGACUCACAUCCAGGUUCCAGCUGAUUUCUUCAAGGAUCUGCCCUCUACUGAUUUGAUUUGGGGCGUCAUCUUUCCUCUUUGCUUUGCAGCCUCUGUGUUAAUAGUAGUACUAUGUUAUCACACACUUACUGACUGCAUCAAGAGGAACAGUAAUUAACAAGUAAAAAAACGAGGACAAACGAGACGAAAACAUUGAGACCGAUGGUUUCGAGGCUCAAAAGGAACCGGAGAACCAGAGAACAACUGAGGAAGGUAGAGUGCAGACCAAGUCCGUAAUCAUAAUUUUAUGCUAAAGUUCUAGUAUUAUUGUUCUAGUAUUACUGUGUAUUGCACACAACGCUGGUUAUCAACUCAGUAAGUCAACUCAGGGUUUCCUAACCCAACCAUGAGGUUGAUCACAUUAAAAGGGUCAGUGUCAGCAGCAGAUGACUAAUCUCAAACAUAGACAAGUCCACUGGCAGCAGAGCAGCAUAUUUUACAAUAUAAUCCAAUAUAUUAAACAAAUGUAAAGACGUCAAAUACAUAAUCCAGGCUAAAAGCAAUACAGCUGCAGCUGCCAUAUGCAGGACCCAGGUGAUGCAUUUUUGAGACUAUAAUGUUUCAGUUUCAAGGGUAGGAAAAAAAUAUGAAAACAGGAUUUGGAAAAAUCUUUGUGACCAAGUCCAAAUCUAUAGACAAAAUUUGGACAACAUUUGAUUAACCUUGUCUGAGUUGACAUGGAAUUUCCAAAUUUUUAUUGCACACUGACUCACGAUGGGGCAAUUACAAAGAGGUGAACACUACUAAAUGAUAGAUUGAAACUGCUUUCUAAUUUACAGACUCCUCCCCAACAAAAUAUGGCCUCUUGGUAGACAAAAAAAGAAGGGGGCCUUAAUGGAAACUGCACUCUAUUCUACAGUCAAAGGUGAUAAUAGAAUCAGAGCCUUGAGAGUGUAACACCUGCACACUUCAUCCAAGCCGUACAAGUAUUUACUGAGCACAAGACGACAGUGACAGUAAAAUAGCUUGGAGCAAGUCUGCAAGUGUUAUUCUCUCUUCACAUGUUGCCUUUCCACUUUCUAGCACCUAAGAACAUGAUGUAUGUCUAACUAUGGAUGCUCACUUGUAAGUCUCUGCAAGUUAAGAAUGCUUGAUUAUGUUAUUUCUCUAAUAUUAUAGAGGCUGUCAUGUGGUCGAACCCGACUGCCACAGAGAUUCACGCAGCACAGUGACAGAUCACUCAAAACAGGCGGCUGGGAGAUCUGAAGGGGGUGCCUUUGUCCAAAAAAUGUAAUUUAGUGAAGUGAAAAAAAGAUAUGUUUGAUAUAUGUCUGUUUUAUUUAUUUUACAUUUAUUUUUCUAUUUGAUUUUAAUUUUUUAUUGCAUUGAAAGAACAUGGUUCAUGUUUUGUUGAAAUUGUGCCUUAAUAAAUACUCAUUUAGAGUA